UAGCUGCUGGAUCCGCGUCUCUGGGGGUUUUUCUGCUGAUAAUGAGCCGGAAACAUGUCAGGUAGGUCCUGGUCCUGGUCCAGAAGCCGCUUUAACCCCCUUUAAUCCCCUUCAAACCCCCAGAACCCCCACAGGCAUGACCUGACGACGGCGACGUCUGGCUGCUUCCAUCUCUUCCGGCUCCAUCCCAGCUCUGUCGGCUGAUCCACACGUGACUGAGACCGAAGCUCGUCCCUCGUCCCCCGAGCCGCUACGCCAGCGCCAGCGCCAGCGCCACCAUGUACUGCCUGCAGUGGCUGCUGCCGGUGCUGCUCAUCCCCAAGCCGCUGAACCCGGCGCUGUGGUUCAACCACUCCAUGUUCAUGGGCUUCUACCUGCUCAGCUUCCUGCUGGAGCGGAAGCCCUGCACCAUCUGUGCCUUGGUGUUCCUGGCCGCGCUCUUCCUCGUCUGCUACAGCUGCUGGGGAAACUGCUUCCUGUACCACUGCCAGGACGCCGGCGCGCUGCUGCCGGCCGCCGCGCACGACCCGGCCAUCGUCGGCACCUAGGGGUGCCCGGGGAGGAGGAAGAGGAGGAGGAGGAAGAGGAGGAGGAGGAGGAGAUACACUGGAGAAGGAGGGGAGGGGGGAACUGCCAUGCUGUUAAAGGGGCGGGGCUUAACUGUGCUGAAGUGAUGCUGGAGGGGAUUCCCACCCCAAAGGGCAGGGGCUGAACUGAUCACGAGCAGCACACGACUCUGGACAAUCAGUCGCUGUGCUGUCAAUAAAUAAAUACCCUCCCCCCCCUACUCCCCUAGUGGCCACGCCCCCUAGUGGCCACGCCCCCUCCGCUGCAGAGACACGCCCCUAGUGACCACGCCCCCUCCGCUGCAGAGACACGCCCCCUGUAGUGGCCACGCCCCCUCCGCUGCAGAGACACGCCCCCUAGUGGCCACGCCCCCCAGUGGUCGUGAUGAUGAUGCUGGUGACAUCAUGAUGAUGCUCCCUGUAGCACAACUAUAAUGUCAUAAUUUCCUGAAAAUGUAAUCAAAUUUGCACUUAACUCAAUCGAAAAUGUAAUAAAAUACCCAGACUGAUAUUGUAAUAACAUUUCUACCAAUAAUGUAAUACCUUAUUACAUUAUUGGGAAUUUAUUACAUGUUACUCAAAGUCUGUAAUUUAACCCAAUCAUCAUUCUGGUGUUUCAAAUCCAGCGUAUAAAACAUUCUUAGAUACUUAAAACACAAAAACUCUGGACUGAAAAUGAACACCAAUAAUGUAAUACCUUAUUACAUUAUUGGGAAUUUAUUACAUUUUCAGGUGGGUCUUUUUUUUUCUCUGAAUUCUGAGUUCUGAAUUUUGUGUUUUAAGUAUCUAAGAAUGUUACGUACGCUGGAUUUGAAACACCAGAAUGACUAUUGGGUUAAAUUACAGACUUUGAGUAGCAUGUAAUAAAUUCCCAAUACCGUAAUAAGGUAUUACAUUAUUGGGAAUAAUGUUAUUCCAAUAUCUGUCAGGAUAUUUUAUUACAUUAUUGGUGAAGUUAUUACAUUAUUGGGUUUUAUUACAUUUUCGAUUGAGUUAAGUGUAAAUUUCAUUACGUUUUCAGGAGGUUAUGACAUUCUAGGAGCUACACUCGUCAGGCCUGUCGACCUGGACAGUUGGAUUUUUCUGUUUUCCCGGUUCUCGGUUCUCGGUUCGUUUCUCUAGUGCAUGGUGUGACCCCGACCCCCGACCCAUCACACCCAAGUUCAGUUCACUCGCAGGUUUUAAUCUCAACAAAAUGCUGAAGAGCCCCGACGUGCUGGUGUGUGUGUGUGUGUGUGUGUGUGUGUGUGUGUGUGUGUGUGUGUGUGUGUGUGUGCGCAGGUGAAUGUGUGUGUGUGUGUGUGUGUGUGCAGGUGAAUGUGUGUGUGUGUGCUGCGGGCGAUAGGCGUGUAAUCUUUUCUUUUUUCACGACGUUCUGAUCCGGUGCGAGCGUCUCAUCUCCCGCUGGUGUCGACGUUCAGCUCUCGGACGGACGAGGAUGUGUGUGUAGUUUGUACCUGUGUGUGUGUGUGUGUGUGUGUGUGUGUGUGUGUGUGUGUGUGUGUGUGUGUGCGCAGGUGAAUGUGUGUGUGUGUGUGUGUGUGCAGGUGAAUGUGUGUGCUGCGGGCGAUAGGCGUGUAAUCUUUUCUUUUUUCACGACGUUCUGAUCCGGUGCGAGCGUCUCAUCUCCCGCUGGUGUCGACGUUCAGCUCUCGGACGGACGAGGAUGUGUGUGUAGUUUGUACCUGUGUGUGUGUGUGUGUGUGUGUGUGUGUGUGUGGCUCCGGUCACAGAGCUGAUACUCGCUCACUGUGACGCGACUGCUUUGGUUUUAAUUUAAAUAAAGUUUUUUCCUCUCUACAUGUUUAA